UUAUUUAUUCAUCGUUAAUCGUUAUACCGGUAACGUUUUGACUUGCCGACUACGUCUCAAUAAUGACAUUUCGUGGCUAUUCGUAGGUACUCGAUACAUAAACACAUCAAAUCAUAUUAAUUUUAAUUGGCUACUGCAGCUGUCUGUUGUGUACAACCGUAAUAUUAUUAUCGUCGUGGCUCUGAAGUGGUUACACGCCGCGUCGCUUUUGAAAAUGUUUUUUGACCAAUCUUGGGACCGUUAACGUCAUUAUUAUUAAAAUUUAAUACAAUCCGUUUGACGAUUUGAACAAUUUCACUACGACCAUGGGCUUUUCAUCGACGUCUUGACCAAGUCUUUUCAAACCGAAAAUGACGAGUUCCCUGCACGUCGUCAUAACAUGCGUGAAGUUGCUCCUGUUGCCAUCUUAGUGAGUGAAGGUCCUCCGACGUCGGGGAUCGUCAUUGUUAUUCGCCGUCUUAAGUCUAUUUACAUUUUUCGACCGAUUUCGAAGUGCAUCGCAACUGGCUGGCCACUACGUACAGUUUACCUAUAUCACAGUGGUAUUCAGCUAACCAUUCAGAAUGGACAAUCGACUAUCCGCCACUUUUUGCGUGGUUCGAAUACUUCUUGGCUCAAAUUGCUGCCUUUGUUGAUAUUGACAUGUUAUCGAUACACAAUCGUAAUUACUCGUCAAACGCCACCGUAUUCUUUCAGCGACUUAGCGUCAUCAUUACUGAUUUCGUUUUUUAUUAUGGAUCUCGGAAAUGUGCUCAGUCAAUUGCAUUACUUGUGAAAUCACCCAAAAUUAAAAAGAAAAAACAUAUGGAUGAAAGUAACAUUUCUGUUUUUGUCAUUGAACUGUUGUUAAUAGCCAAUGUGACAUUAUUGCUUAUCGACCAAAUACACUUUCAGUACAAUGGCUUCCUUUUCGGAAUCCUACUUGUAUCAAUAUCACACAUUUUAAAGGGUGAAAACUAUCGAGGUGCAUUUUGGUUUACAGUUCUAUUGAAUUUCAAGCAUAUUUAUUUAUACUUGGCUCCAGCAUAUUUUGUAUAUUUGUUAAAACACUUUUGUUUUAGAAAAAAUAUACAAUUUGCAAUGAAAAGACUUAUAAAAUUAGGUUUAAUUGUUCUCGGUGUAUCUAGUAUAUCAUUUGGACCUUUUGUAUUCAAUGGUCAAAUUGUACAGGUUUUUAAACAGUUAUUUCCAUUCAAACGAGGUUUAUCACAUGCCUAUUGGGCACCAAACUUUUGGGCCCUUUAUAAUGCAGCUGAUAUUGGUGCUAAAAUUACAUAUAAAGAUUAUGAUUUAAUACAAAAUAAUAAUUCAACAUCAAUGACGAGAGGCUUAGUUCAAGAAUUUGAACACACUGUUUUGCCAUCGAUUACUCCUCAGAUUACUUUUAUUUUAACAAUAAUUUUUAUGUUGCCAUGUUUAUAUAAACUUUGGAAAUCCAAUAGAAAUCCUAUUGAUUUUGUUCGAUGCCUUAUAUUAUGUGGUUUGACUUCAUUUAUGUUUGGUUGGCAUGUUCACGAGAAAGCUUUACUGCUAGCCGUCAUACCAUUAACAUUAUUAGUAUUCACCUCUACAAAUGACUGUUCCAUGUUUACAAUGUUAUCAACUAUCUCUACAUAUUCUGUUUUUCCAUUGUUGUUUAAGCCAUUUGAAUUCAUUACUAAAUCACUACUACUUUUAGUUAAUGUUUCAUUUUUGUAUAAUACUGGUAAAUUUAAAUCAUUGAAUCGUUUAGAAAAAUUGUAUUUAAUAAGUCUAGGGCCAUUGUUGUUAUUGACCGAGGUUGGAUGGAUGGUUUUAAGGUUUGAUCAAAGAUAUCCAUUUCUACCACUGAUGCUUACUUCAUUCCAUAAUAGUAUAGGUGUUUUUUAUUGUUGGAUAAAAUACUACUUAUAUUACAUUAGCCAAUAAAUUAUAUAAUUUUAUGAAAUUACACAUAAAAGUAUACAACUGUAAAGAAGAAGGGCAUUUUAAAAUUAAGGAUCUAUUAAUAUUUGCUUAAAAAACAUUUUCAUAAUUUUUAUUACUAUCACUACAUAGUACAAAUAUGCUGUAUUGAGUUAAUUAUAUACCUACCUGGCUACCUAGCGAAAAUUAUAUUUAUACAUACUUGUUGAAUUAUUGCACUAAAUUACCUAAAUCCGUGUUAAUUAUUUCUCUAUUCUAUCAAAUUAUGCAAGCAUAUAAAUAAAUCAAAAAAAUACUUGUUCUUUAGAAUGUUUUACUAUUUAGUUUGUUAAUAAACGAGUACUAAUUUUUUAAAUAUUAAAUGUAUGCACCAAGCUUUGUGUAUUGUAUGUAUUGUAAUUGUAUACAUUUGUGACAUUCGUAGGUAUAUUGUGAAUAUUACUAGAUUUUCAUUUAUGAUUUUUUUAUAUUUUACAUAUUAUAUACAUAUAAAGUA